AUGCAUUUCUCUACUGCCACAGCUCUAACCAUCCUCGCUGCCGUCUCACAGGCAUCGGCAUGGACUCUUACCUUUUACGACAACGUCGACAAUUGCGAUGCAAAUGACAGCACCCAGUACCAAAUCAUCGAGGGAAAUCAAGGUGAUUGUUAUACCUUCGGCGCGUCUAUGCCCCGCACGACAUGCGAGCAAUUCACCGACGGUGGUAUCAACAGCCAGGGCUGCAAAGGAUUGUUCAAGGCAAAGUCUGUCGCAAUUCCCCGUGGAAGAAACUGCCAAUUUUAUGGAUUGGACUUUUGUCAAUCACUUAGUAUCUACGGGGAUGAGACUCAGUGCAAAGACACGUUGCAGCUUCUUGCCGGUCCAGGCGAUUACAUCCGAUCUUUCAAAUGCGAAAACGACGAGUAG